UGUUUUGAGAAAAAAAGUUAAAUCUUAGGUUAUGUGAAAUAUUUUAGUUCUGAAAAAAGGUUUUUUUUUGCUUAAAAAUGACUGUGAAACCGCGAGAAAAAGCUUCAGAUGUCGAUGAAGACCCCGUGGAGUCUUUGCUGAAAAAAACCGGCUGUUUGCAGCUUCACUACAAAGUACAGGAAUGCAUAGCUGAAACCAAGGAUUGGAGAAAAUGCCAGAACGAAGUUAACGAGUUCAAAACUUGUAUUACUAAACACAAACAGCAAGAAAUGGCCAAAUUGAAAAGCUAGUCUAUAAUUUGAAAAAUAAAGUACAACCGGAACUUCAAAAUAUGGCGGGAAAGUACAAUGACAGUUCAGUGACAGUUACGUAUACAUUUACGGAGAUGGUUUCGUUAUUUAAAUUAGAUUAGUAAUUGCUGUUAAUUUAUUUUUUAAUAAAUAUCAUGUGUUA